GGCACCUGCUGCCAUCACUCCACCUCCUUUUCCCCGCGCCGCAGGCUGGAGGCGGGCCGGGGCGGGACCAUGCGGAGCCUCCGCCCCCUCAACCUCCGCCGGGCGCGGGCUGCGGAGUCGUAGUUCACAGGGGGCAGGCGGAGCCGCUGGAAGGGCACCCCGGCCGGAAGGCGGACCGAGACGCCGAGACAAGGGAGAGUGACUCGCUGCCCUUCGUUGUCAGCCAGGGACGAGGACACCGCCACGCUCCCGCCCGGCAGCCCAAUUUCACUCGGCGGCAGAAAUGUCGGCCGCCGGCGUUCGAGGCCUGCGGGCCACCUACCACCGGGUGCUCGAUAAGGUGGAGCUGAUGCUGCCCGAGAAAUUGAGGCCGUUUUACAACCACCCGGCAGGUCCCAAAACAAUUUUUUUCUGGGCUCCAGUUAUGAAAUGGGGCUUGGUGUGUGCUGGAUUGGCUGACAUGGCCAGACCUGCAGAAAAACUCAGCACAGCCCAAUCCGCUGUUUUGAUGGCUACAGGGCUUAUUUGGUCAAGAUACUCACUUGUAAUUAUUCCAAAGAAUUGGAAUCUGUUUGCUGUUAAUUUCUUUGUGGGGACAGCAGGAGCUUCUCAGCUUUUUCGUAUUUGGAGAUAUAACCAAGAACUAAAGGCUAAAGCAAACAAAUAAAAGAGUUCCUGAUCACCUGAACAAUCUAGAUGUGGACAUAACCAGUGGGACCUAGUUUAUUAUUUGAUGAUUAAUAAGUCAGUGCUAACUGUGCUAACAUUUGGAAGGCCCAAAAAUAUCUUAACUGUAACUGGUAGCUAGUGCUUGAUUCAAUAGAAAAAUAAAGGAAACUUUUAAUACAGUCUCUUAUUACAUGUGACUUAAGGAACUUAUCCGUGGAUAUUAGUAACAUUUUUCCAACCAUUUGUCCAUAAUAAAUCAUACUUGCUCAUAUAU